AUGGCUGCUUCAUCAAGAACGUAUCUUGCUUUUCAGCACAACGCAAAGCUGUAUUCUCUUGCAACAGCGGUGCGGUCGAUUCGAUUAGUAACUUCGCUGGAAGAGGCCAACCAAUCUUUGUUCAAGCACGCCAGUGACGAUGACCAUGUCGUUGUUACCGAACAGACGAUUCUUCAUCCCCAGGGCGGCGGCCAACCAUCCGAUGUGGGCAUGAUGAAGACAUCGAAUAGCAUCUUUAAUGUCAGUGCUGUCCUGCACUUCGGCAGAUUUGAAGCUGGACACAACCCAUUUGCGGAAGGAGAGACUGUAACACAGGAGAUCGACACCGAGAAGCGCCUACUAUACUCAAGACUCCACACAGCUGGACACGUUCUUGGAGCAGCAACCAGGAAACUUCUCGAGAAAGAGAUUGAAGGGUUUGAUGAGCUCAAGGCAUCGCACUUUCCAGACGCCGCAUCAUGCGAGUUCCAAGGAUCAAUCGAGGGCAAGUGGAAGGAUGCCAUCCAAAAGAAGGUUGACGAAUACGUCGAUGACAACUUACCGGUUGAGAUUGAAUGGUGGAGUGAGGAAGACUUCAAGAACAAUGGCCUUGAGAGAUUGAUUACCGAUAAUCCCAAUGUUGCGGCAGGCGAGAAAUUCAGGGUGGUCAAGAUUGUUGGAGCUGACACGUACCCCUGUGGUGGUACACACGUUGAUAGCACUGCCGAUUGUGGGAAAACGACAGUGAGGAAGAUCAGCAGGAGCAAGGGUACUAGUAGAGUCUCUUAUGCUGUCGCAUAG